GGAUCGUUCACGCUCAAAUUCAUCGUUCGCAAUUGGAUUGUUGUGCAGCAUGGCUUGGCUCUGUUACAGUUCGUUUGUGCUUUGUUCUACCUACGCGACGAAAGGGGAUCCUUUGUGAAUGCAAGACCGUACCGUAUGCUUGGCGAAUGUAUGGAUGGAAUUGAAACUAGUUGAGGAGUGGCCUGUGGACAGGGAAGGGAAGCUAACGUAUGCAUUGCAAAAAAAAAGAGACACAAUUUGCCGAUUUUUCGUGGGUAAACCAUCUAUCGCACGGCAGAAACGUAAAAUGCAGCACCGAAAGUAGUUCUUCAUGAUUCAUCAGACAAAAUUUGAAGACACUAUCAGUCGAACUCUAAUCGUGAUGGUGAAAAUUGUGAAGCGCAACUUCGUGCCGAGGUUUGUGCAUUUUCAUAAACGUCCAAAAACGUUCAUCUUGUAUCGCUUUGUGAGCACCGGAUAAAGCCGUUCCGGGUGUCUGUACGUUCUUUGCGCUAUUGUCCAACAAUAAAAGCAUCACAAGAAGAGAAAGGCACCGCAGGCAGCUUUGAACACUUUGUUGUACAGAUCUCGGAACAGAUUGCAAUCCGGAGUCGGGGACAAUAAGCGUUGGAGAGCAAAUGACACCAGUGAGCAGUAGCCGAUAGUUUGUUUCUUUUCUUCGUAGUUCGCUCCAUAAUAAAAAAAAAAACCAGUAUAAAUAUAUCACCAUCCUUCCACCCUCGUAAUCGUAGUUGACGCACCUACCGAGAUCGGUGGUCACAAAAUGGAGGAACUCCUGGCGACGAUAGUGAAGGAAGCGACCGGCAGCAAGCUGCAGAACCUCAAGCAGGCCGCACAGAUCGCACACGAGAAAUUAUCCCGCCAGCACGGAUUACACCGGGAUCCAUCGUACGAGCUGCGGUCGGUCUGCUUCACCGCCCUCCAGAUGGCACUCGAGACGAAGCGCCCAAAGUUCAUCACCUACGGGCUGAACGGUUUGCAUCGCAUUAUCCGCGAUGAACGGUUCUUUGCGGGGCUGGAACCGGAGGACGAUUCGUUGUGGUUACCGGCCCAGUUGCUGCGUGCCACGUCGAGCCUGUCGACGGUCGCCAACACCGAGGACACGGUGGUGAACGUGCUGCGGCUCAUCCUGGCGAUGGCCUGCUCACCGACCUGCACCCUUAACGGUCGGCUGUUGAUCGAGGUGCUUUCCAGGUGUGGCGAGUGCUGGGAGAAUGGUUCACGGGCGGUUCGGGCUGCGUCACUGGCCGCCGGUAGCCAGUGUUUGCGCACCUUCUGUGCGUUCCUCAAGGACGAGGCGGAAGAGAUCGUUCGGCUGGAUCCGACCGGGAUUAUUAGCUUGGGUAUGGCGGCCGCUGUCUACAACGAGGUGAUACCGGUGAUGCAGUGGCUGUGCAGCCGGCUAGUGGAACCGUCCGCGGCGGCCACGGCGGCGUCGGCGGCGGCGGCGGCGGCGGCUGCUGCAGCGGGUCUCGCGGGUUCGGCGAAUCACCACCACCAUCAGCACCACCGGUCAGCUGCGGCAGCCGUCGCCGCCCUCACGUCCUGUGACGUCACGCUCGGUGGUGGUGGUGGUGGUGGUGGCGGAACCGGGAACAGUUCCAGCUCGUCGCUCUACCUGAUGGAGUGCAUCCUGACGCUCGUCGUGUCGCUACCGUCCGACGUGCACGCGAACCCGCACUUUACCGCCUUUCUGUGGCAAAAGUUUUGCCCAACGUUGGCCGCCACCAUGGGCUCACCGGGGCGGGUGAACAAGGACAAAAAGUUUACGUACAGGGAUGCCAUUCAUUUGAUCGAGAGCGAAAACCGGGGCUUCUUUACGCGCCCGGGGCUGGAUGGGCCGCAGGCACGCUGCAUUUACCUGACCAGCAUCCAGCUGCUGCGGAUUGCCGGUGCCCAGGGUAGCUUGCGGCCGAUGCUGGAGGCGCUGUUCCAUCGGAUGCUGCUGCUGCCGGUACCGGCCAACCGGACCGAGCCGCUGCGGUACGCGCGCGAAAUCUUCAAGUCACCGGAGCGGCUCAUCGACCUGGCCAUCAUCCUCUAUCCGGACAAAUCGCAGAGCAGCAGUGACGAUAUGGCGCUGUUUCGGCUCGUAAUCGACGCAAUGGAAGAGUGUGCGGCAGCCUGGCACAACGGUAGCACCUCGGUGUACGGUGCACUCUGCUCAGCCGUCGAGUGCAUCGUGGCACUGCUCGAAAGCCUGCAGGUCCUGUCGAGCGGUGGACUGGCCGAUACGCUCAUCAGUGAUCGUAUCGCCGAGCUAGUGAACCGCCGGUACCCACGCCUCCCGGAUGCGGAUUACAGUGGUCCGCUAACGUACCAGUCGAUGAGCCGGCUGCCACCACCGUACCGCGACGCGGUUGCCGAACUGCGCCAGAAUGGGUACGAGUCCGACACCGACUCGGACGGGGAUGGCAAUGGGAAUGGUGGCCCGGGCGGUGAUCACACGAUCGACCCGGAAGUUGGUUCACUCGGUUCGGGUGAUACGGAGGGGCCGGAAGAUGAGGCAGCCCACUCGUCCGGUGACGAAGGGUCAUCCCGGGCGAGCCAACCCAUCUGGCUGUGGUCGCACCUCGAAGAAUCGGUUUCCUCGUCAUCGUCGGCUGCAGCGACCGCGGCUGGAGUGUCCGGGGCCGGGGCCGGAGCCGGAGCCGGGGCCGGGGCCGGGGCCGGGGCCGAUUGCGAUCGACAGCAUGCCCGGGAGUUUGCGGUCGUCCUCACGAAUGUGCUCGUGCCUGCCCUGCUCAAGCACAAAUCGUCGAUCGAGGUGGACGAAGCGAUGCAAGAGUUUGCCUCGAAGGUGUGCCAGCAGCACUGUCUCAAUCGGUUGGAUGGCCCGAGCAGCCCGAGUGACCCCGCCUACGGUCUCACCGCGCUCAAUGCGGACGGUAUUUACUUGGCCACCUUCUCCGCCCUGCUGCUCGCCCUUCAGCUCAUGAAAUCGGGCCACUACGAAGCGAUGGGAAACGGGGCGACCACCACCCGCGAUCCUGACCGAACAGCAACCCGGACCGUGACGGCAACGACGGCGAUUCCACUGUCGGAGCAACAGUUCGUUACUUCGGUGCAACACUCCGGCAUCCUGGUGUACCAGUCGGCUGGCUGGCUCCGUGAGCUGUACCAGUGCAUCCUGGCAACGAACCCCCUCGGAGCGAUCGACCCGGGCCUGGUGGAGCACCAGCAACCGGACGGUGGUCACUGUGCGCUGCUCGACAUGCUGUACGAUGCGGGCGGAUUCGGGCCGACGCAGAUGCUGUCCGACUGGAUGCGGUUACAGUCGGUGGUGCGGGUGCACGGUGAGCGGACGGUGCAGCAGCAGGCGGCCAAAAAGAUUGCCCGCCGGCUCCUCACCUGCUGCUGGGACUCGAUGGUGGCAGUGUUGACGGCCGGGCUGGGUGAAGCCGGUACAACCGCCGCCGCCGGUGGUGGUGGUGGUGCGGCCGGUCACCAUCGGACCACCGCCGGUCGGCUUGUGAAGCUGUCCGUGAAGCGCACGCUACGGUACGGACCGGGCCCCAGGGACCCGGCAAGGGGUUCGGGCGAAACGCUGUACGCGCUCAGUCUCGAUGGUUUGCAUGCGGCGGCCACCCUCAGUAAUGCGCUCGCCCUGCAGCACCUGGCGGGGAACAUUAUCAAUCUGAUUGCGUGCAACGUGUGCCAGAGCGCUGGGCCCAAGAUACCGGCCAGCCAUGCGCUCUCGAUGGACGUGGUGCUGUCCGGGGGGCUCGAGCUCGGUUCGCACAGUGCCGACUGCUGGCUGCCCGUGUUCUCCGUCUGCCGGCACGUUACGCAGCUCGAGCAUGAUCUGUUUAGCUCGCAGAAUGGGAAUACUGGUGGUGGUGGUGGUGGUGGAGCGGCCCAGUGUAAGGAUGCAUCGGAGGCAUCAGCCGCGGGGCCACGGAUUGGUGGUGGUGCCGGUGCCGAUAAGCUUCAUCUUUCACCGUACUCGGUCGACGAGGAUGAGACGUGCAUUGACGUGUACAGCUUCCUGCAGGCCCCGAGCACGAACGCCAACGUGAACGUGCUCAGCAUCCUGAAGGCGUACGCCGGCAACGAUUCAGUCCACCUCUCGCCGGCCGACACCGCCAAGAUGCUGUGCGCCCUCUCGCACCAGGCGGAUGUGCUGUUCGCCGAGGCAGCCGAACGCUUGGCCCUGCCCGCCCUCCAGCACUUCCUCAAGAGCCUUUGCCGGGCGUCGCGCGAACAGCUGUACAAGAGUGCGACCUCGGUGAAGAAGCGUGGCCGAAAGUCCUGGUGGCUUGGCCGCCCGUGGAAGGUGAAGAACGACUCGCUACCCCUCGCGCUCCUGUUGCACCGUGUCGGUGACGUGACACUGAAGGUGUUCCGCGGUCCCCGGCCCCUGCUGCACGUGCUGAAGGUGUGGGCAAUCACCGGACCACACCUGAUGGAUGCUGCCUGUCACAAGGAUCGGAGCAUCUCGAAGCGAGCGAUCGAGUACAUCCACGACAUCAUCACCGCGCUGCUGGUGGAGCAGACCGAGCUACCGCACUUUCACUUCAACGAGGCACUCCUGAAGCCGUUCGAAAAUCUGCUGAGUGCGGAUACGUGCGAUGCGGACGUCCAGGACCAGAUUGUCGCCUGUCUGUACGAGGUGGUGGAGGCGCACCGGACCGAGAUCCGGUCCGGCUGGCGGCCCCUCUUCGGGACGCUACGGACGGCACGGAACCGCCCGGUGCACCUCGCCAACAUUAUCGACAUUUUCCGCGUGUUUCUCGAGACGGACAAUAUGCUGGUGUUUGCGAAUGCUGGCCUCGACUGUAUCCUGUGUCUGUUGUCGUACCUGGAGAUCUCGGGAACGGGUACGGGUGGUGGUGGUGCGCAGACACCCUCGAGUGGCCCACCGUCGAUGGUGAUCGACGCGAGCACGACGUCGGACGAGCUCGGCGGGCUCACGAUGCGCUCCGGCGAUUUCCUGUACGAUGCGCUCAAGUUCCUGGAACGGUGCGCCACGAUCCUUGACUUUAUGUACCAUAUGCCGCAGUGCCCGAACCUGCACUCGACCUACAAGAUCAAGGGCAUCAGCUAUACGCACCUGAUCGACGCCACCAUACCGAGCUCGAUGGAGCAGCUGGCGUUCUUCGGCCAGGAGUACCUGCACGCCAGCGACGAGCAGUGCCGGAUCAGCUACCGGGCGCUGCACAUCGACCGCGAGUCAAUCCGCAAGCUGGACGAGCUGGACCGGCCGAGCGGUGUGCUGAAGGUGUGGUUUUUGCUCCUGGACGGACUCACCAACUCGCUGAUUGUCUGCCCGAUCGCUCACCAGUCGCCGAUCCUGCAGUCCAUCUUCAAGAUCUUCAAACAGUUGCCGGUGAGUCCGGGGGUCGAGUUUGGGUUCUACUGCGUCAACCACCUGCUGAUACCGAUGAUCCAGGACUGGUUGCGGUACGUGAACAAGGCGCAGAAGAGCUGGGCGUUGAUUGAGAAGAACUUUAAGCACUGCUGCUGCAUGACCACCGAUCUGGUGGUGGACUUUCUGGCCCGGGCCGUGACGGGUGCGCCAGUCGCCAGCGGUCCGGACGAUGAUCGGAUCGUGAUUGGCAGUGAGUCGAAUGAAGGCAGACAAGGACGGGAACAGUCACGGGGCCGGGAACGGGAACGGGAACGGAAGCAACAGCAACAACCGAGCCCGUCCAGUACGCUCGCCCUCAAGCAGCUGCUGCUGGUGCUGAUCGAGUGUUCGGCACAGUCCCAGGAGACGAUUGCCCGGGUCGGCGUGUCCUGCAUGAAGCACAUUCUCUUCUCCGCCGGUCACCUGUUCGGGGAGGACCAGUGGGUCAUUAUCGCGUCGGCCAUCCACCGGGCCAGCACGGUAUCGAUGGCACCGCUCAAGCAGCUCAUCUUUGCGUUCAACCGCAACUCGAACAGCUUCUACGGUGAUUGUGCGAACGUGAAGGUGGCGGCCCGCCGGGACAGCACAACCGAGGAGCUGCAGCGGAUUCACUCGCUAGCGCAGCAGGUCUUUCUGAUGGACUGCCAGCGAGAGGCUGGUGGGAUUGGAGUGGUACGGCCUAGCCCCGGCAGUACCGGUACCAGCGCGACCGGCCCGGCCGGUAUCGGUGCCAGUGGGCUACAGCAGGAGGAUCGUUCGUACUCCUUUCUGCUACACCCGCUCCAGUGUCAGCCAGUGGAUGCCAGUGGGGGAACGUUCGGUACCAGUACCACGAAAGCAGUGUCCCCACCACCAGCCAGCGGGUGCGGUCCCGUUGAUAGCUACAUCAUUCGCAUACCGUACCGCAAUCUGAUCGUGGGCAUGCUAGCCAGCCAGAUGUUGCUGCAGCUGAUCGCGAACGUACUGCUGAGUGGGCUGUCGAACGUGCCGAGUGAGCUCAACACCUGCUUCUACAGCAGCAGCAGCCGGGCGGAGGCGGUCUCCGUGGCCUCCUCGUCGACGAUGGCAGCGGCAGCGGCGCAACGUGCCAGUGGUGCCACGAGCACCAAAUCCCCUUUCCAGCUCGGCCAGCACAGCAAGGAGAUACUGUUGCGUGCCCUGCGCCAGUUUCUGGCCAGCGCGAUCGAGUUCGACACCCGACCGGGGCUCAAGUUUCUGCUGCAGAAGGUGUCCGGCAUCGAGUAUGCCGCCAAUCUGUACAAACAGAUGAACUCGUCCUGGAUCAUCCAGUACAUGGUGCUGGUCGAUACGUAUCUGAGCAAUGUCCGGCUGUACCGGCUCGAUGUGGCCGAUGUCCGGCAGGCGCUUGACCGUGCACGGUACGAUCCAGCGCCCAGCACGCUGCCCGGUGGUGGUAAAUGUGACGACACGUGCCUACAGUAUCUGCUGGCACUGCGUGACCUGUGGGAGCUGAUUGCCGAACACUUUAUUGACCACCUGGAGCACGAACCGAAUGGUGGGCCGGGUCUCCGGUACAGGGCGGGCAAUGAAGAGGCCGGUAUAGUGUCGCCGCUGGCCAGUGACCAGCAGCAGCAGCAGCAGCAGCAGGUUGAAGUAUCGAUCAGUAUCGAGGAGAAGUGCUCACCGACGACCAGCGCACCGAAAGACGCCGCCACUAAGCAGCAGCAGCAGGAGCAGCAGCAGAAGGAGCUUGAAGCCCACUACAAACAACUGCAGGACAGCACACCGCCACCGCCACCGCAACCGCUGCUAGCGGAACGGCAAAAGUCAGCGAUACCGCCGGAAAUAGAGCUACAGCGCGCCCAUAGCAUCCAGCGGGAUGUGUCGUACAAAACCUCCGCCUUACGGCAGCUGAUCGUCGCGUCGAUCGAGCUGAUCAAGCUGCUGCCCGACGAACAGUCGGACUAUUUACAACUUUUGUUGACCCCCACGAUACGGGAAGCGUUUCGCUACGUCGAGGAGAACCACCAGCACCACCCGGCCGGUGCCAGCUUGGACGUGGUUGCCCACUAGAAAGAGAGAGAGAGAGAGAGAGAUCCGUUAUCCUUCCUCCCCCCCCCCUCAUUGUGCUUCGAAGACAGACUCACACAACAACAACCAGAACAAACAAAACAAAAAAACACAAAGUAUUAAUUGCGCGUUAUGCA